ACAAUAUGGAAACUCGGCAACAACUACCUAAAUCAAUGAGACGGAAGGUAUUUCGUAAUGUACAUCGCGCCGCCACUUGAGGUUCAGAACAGCAAAGAGCAGAAGAGAAGUUAUACAGAAGUCACCAGAGAGAAUGAUAACUGGAACUGACCGCUGUGGACCAGGACCACAUUGGGGUGCAGUUGCGGAAAUAAAGAAAUAUUAAACAAGCUGGACUUGACAAUAAUGUAGGAAAUAGGGUUGAUCGUAUUCAUUUCAUAGUUGGCACUUGCACUAUAGAUACUGCUCCCUAAAACACUUUUGUCCAGUAAAAAAGUAUGAAGGAUCGGUUUUUGUGUUUCCCUCGCAGUUGCGUUGAACAAAGUUGAACGGUUUUGGUUUGGGAAUGGUUGUUUUGGCCCCGAUGAGUAUUAUAUUAAUUUAAUUAAAAUGUUUAGUGUCAUGAGACAGGAACAGCUGCCAGUGUUUGAAAAAUCAAUUAAAUCGAAAGUAAUCUCAUUGCAUUGACCAAGUUAUAUCAUACUCUUGGCUACUGUGUCAAAUCUGAAGUGCAGAUAAAAACUCGAAGGCAAAGUGCGAUUUGCUAGCCACGAAAGUUUCGUGACGAAACUAUAAGAAGAGAGACGUGAAAAGGCGGAGUGAGGUCAUUGCAAGUUUUGUUGAUGUGAAACUGUGGAAGAAAUGAAAUGACGUAGAUCGUACAUGGACUCCUUGGGCUAUGACACGUAUUUGUGAUUGUCCAUAUUUUUCAAUUUGACUAUGGAUUUCGGGAAUUCAGUGACGUUUCUUUUUACGAACUCAUUACACGUCCCUAGAUAACAGCGACAUCUUCAAAGACGUGCCUGCCGUCUUACGAUGUGUAGUUCUAAACAAUUAAAAAUUUGUAUUUGCCUAUCAAUCAUGUGAGAAGGCUUCAUGUCUUUCCGAAGGAAUAGGGUCGAUUUGAUUCGCUAGAAUGGUGUCAAUUAUUAAGAACCAACUUCUUAAGCAUCUGUCAAGGUUCACCAAAAACUUAUCUGCUGAUAAAAUAAAUCUGAGUACUUUCAAAGGGGAAGGUGAACUGUCAAAUUUGGAGUUAGAUGAGAUAGUUCUGACAGAUCUCCUUGAACUGCCAUCAUGGUUAAGACUUACAAGUGCUUGGUGUAAUAAAGUAGCUUUCCGGAUUCAAUGGACUAAAUUAAAAAGUGUACCAAUUUUUCUUAGUUUAGAUGAAGUAUAUAUCAAAGUGGAAACCUGUGAGGAGUUGCGGUCCUUGUCAAUGCAGCAUGGAUUAUCAUCAUACACAGGCCAAGGAAAAUAUAGUUUUAUUAACAAAGUUAUUGAUGGCAUGUCAAUAGCUGUCAACACAGUAUGUGUUACUUUUGAGAGUCCAGCAUUUACUGCUUCUGUCCAAAUAUCUCGAAUUCUUGUGGAAUCUAGAACUCCGAAAUGGGAGAAAGGGGAUCUUCGUGUAACACGUGUAAAGGAAGUUGGGCGGGGCCAAAUAUUGAUUUUCAAGGAAUUGCAGUGGCAAACAGUGCGCAUAGAAGCCAAAUCUACCAAAGACGAAAAUUUGUCUCCUUUGCGGUUGUUAACAAAUCAAGCACAUUGUCGAAUCACAAUAAAGAAAAGACUUUCAGAUUGUUUCAUAGUGGGAUCUCGAUUAGUUUUGAUAUUAGAUGACCUACUGUGGGUCUUAACAGAUUCACAAUUGAAGGCUGCUUUGUGUUUUGUGGAUUCAUUGACGGGUUUAAUCCAGAAAUCUACAGAAUUAACACGAACCAAAAAGGCUGCUCGUAAACUCGAAGAAUUGCCAGAGUAUCAAGCUCAAAUGUCACAGCAAGCACGCAGUAGAGAUGCAGCAGAAGCUUCUUCUACGCGUAUUUUUAAUCGAUAUGAUGUUGUGGAAACAUCAUAUCAUUUUCUCUCAAAGCGUAUUGAUCUCCAUUUGUGUGAUGAUGCUGGAGGGGGGCGAUCAGUACAUCCUGAUCUGAAGGAUGGUGCAGCUCUUCAGAUAAGCUUGGAGAGGUUUCAGAUUGACUAUUAUCCAUACCAUUUAGCUAUUGGUGAUCGAAAACACUGGCCAGUUUAUAGAGAAACAGCAUCUCCACAUUCACAGUGGUUAAAGCAGGCAUUGACUUCAUUUCGUACAAGUUUGUUGGACUUAAUUGAGCCUGUUCGCUCCCAACAUACUCCCCUGGGCCGCUCCAAUGUAGCUUCUCCUCCAAGUUCUGCUGGCGAGAAACAGACUACCCCUCAGGCAGAGCAGAUGCAGAAACGGCCAACUCUUCCACAACCUACAGGAAAUCCAUUGAAAAAUUAUCUUCUUAGUCAGCUUGCAAAAUUAAUGACAUCUUGUGUGAUCUUGCGUGUUCAAGACUUCUCUCUGUACCAGAUUACAACAAAUAAAAGAAAACAAAUGCCUAAAGAAUUUGUUACAGCACAGCACAAGCGGAAACCUCGAGCUGCAGGGGAUAGAAUUCGUUAUAACUUACCAGUUGAAGAGAUGAUUUUACAUGCUGAAUUCACAUACUACUAUUAUCCAGUGCCUCCGCCUAAAUUUUAUGUUCAAAUUAAUCCUGUACAAGUGAGAUUUGAUGUGUGCAGUUGUUUAUGGUUGAAUGCAUUUCUUCUUAAUUUACAUCAUUCCCUGAUGGCAACCAAGCCUCAACAACCAGCUGCAAUGCCAUAUAUAGAUGUGAAAAUAGAAGCUAUUAUGCCCCGGAUAAUAUUUGACUGCAGUGUUGAUCAUCCAAAUCAGAAAGAUCGGCCGAAGUCUCUUCAUGUGGAAGUGUCCCGAGCUUCUGUCACAAAUGUGCGAACUUUGGAACACAGUUCUCGCGCUGAUCUUGCUAAGUGUGUUGAUACAUUCCAGUUGGGAUCACUUUUUUAUGGGGCUGAUUUUCCUGCAGUUUUUUCUGAUUACAAUGUAGUGACAGAAAAAUUCUUUCAACAUUUAAGAGGAACUGAUAACAUUAGAUCUCCCCCCCAAGUGGUUGCUUCUUCCAUCCCAGAGAUGGAACAGAAGCUCUCAAGGGAGCUGCUGUGGACCGAAUCCAAAGACAUGUGGUGCAUUUGUCUUGAGCCAGUGUGGGCGGAGUUUUAUGGAACACCUGCUGUGGGAGGGAACAAACCGGUCUCGUUCCUUGAUGCCGUUCCCCUGACACUAUGGGUUCACCUGAAGUUCUCUGAACCUGUAGAAAAGGAUGACAAAGUCCAGCAUGAACUUUUGAAAAGAACAUCACCCCAAAGUGGGAGGUUACUGCCUCAAAGCUUGGGGCAUGUCAAUGAAAAAGAAGAUCCAUGCUCAAGAGUGGCAGAUAUUCAUGUUUUGGCCUACGUUUCUAAUUUAGUGAGCGUGCAGAUUAAUCAUUAUCAAUAUCUUUUCUUGUUACGUUUAUCUGAAGAAGCUAAUGAACUUACUACUAUAUUAGCCAUUGACACAAAACGAAUAAUCAAUGCUCCAAAUCAUAAUCCUUCACUUGUUGUUGGAGCUAUGGUGCCUCAGGUGGAAGUGACAUUUGUGAUGCCAUCCCAGUCACCUGGGAAAGAAUGUUCAGGUGGUGAUUUAGAAUCAGUUUUCCCAGACUCUGCAAGUUUGCAGGAGGAUAAUGCUACAGCAAGCGUGCCAAGCAUACCUUAUGCCACCAAACAUAUUGAAUUGCAAACACCUGAAGAGCCAAUUCGAUACCAAAUGGGAGGUGAAAUCGAGUUGCCUAGAGGUCAAGGAAUCGGUGAGAACGCUCUAGCAUCAGCAAACAUUUUCCCCAACAAUUUCAACACCGGGCUAACCUCAAUGAAAAAAGGCUUCAGCAGCAUUAUGAACACCCUGGAUUCUGCCCUUAAGUCCAGCCCUGAUGAUGCUAGCGAUACCACUUCCCUGCGUAGUGGAGAUGAUUCAUCUGAUAGUGAAAAGUAUGUGUUCCUUGAUCACUCGAGUGACAUAGGGGAUAAACUCCUUGGAGGAGUGGAUUCCAUGUUCAGUGUGGCUGGCAAUGUGGUUGAGCCCUUGCAACCCCUGGAAGUGGCGUGUGAGGUUGUGGAAGAAGAGGCCACCACCACCUCUCCGAGUGAACGCUCUAUGGACAGCAGCAGCAAACGACGGGACUUGGUGUCUAUGUCUACUUUCAAGUUGGGCCAGGUUGAAUUUGUUCAGCAGUCAGAAGGAUUCACCUCGGUUAUUAAGGUCCAAGUUUCUCGUGUGGCUGCAGAGGAAUGUAGCUCCAUCCCUUGGGACGAGUUGCAGAAUAAGUUUGAUUGCCGGUCCAGAGCUUGGAAUGAAAUUCCUGUUGAUGGUGGGUGUAGGCCACAAGUAACGGCAAGACUGACUCACACAGUGGUGCCAGGAGAGUUACUGAACCGCAUGUCUCUUAAAAACUGGAUAUCUGAUAAACUUGAGGCACGGGUGCAGGAUAUGGAUUUGGAAUUAAAUAUGAGUUCGGUUGUGGGUUUAGCAGACCUAUUUGAAGAUGAAAUAAUUCCGGAUCCUUUGCCUAUGCAGAUUGCCCUGGAUAAUAUGAAAUUGCAUUUGAAUGAAGACAGACCUCCAAGCAACAUCACCUCUCCUGGUCCCAUACCUGUGGAUUUAGCCCUCUCCAAGCUCUGCAUCCAUCGUGGGAAGGAUGGUGUCUUUUACUUUGAACCACAAACUGCAACUGCAAUGGAAUCAGCUGUGAGUCCUUUUGAAUCAAAUGGUAGUGUUGAACGAGUAGAAGCUUUAGAAGAAAUUAAUCGACAACUUCUGAUAGAAAAUAGAGAAUUAAAACGUCGAUUAGCAGCUUUAGAAAGAGUUUCAGAGGAGAACCACUUGCUUCGACAGUCAUCAGAGGAGAGUCAGGUAUUAAGAUCAUGUCUGGCUGUAGCCCAAGAUGAUGUUGCACAUUUACUUGAGGAAAAAAGAUCAUUGCUUGAUCGCUUGAAAGGCUUGCAGGACCAGUUGGACCAGUCGCACCGCAGCAAGAGAUAGCAGAUGUGCUUCAGAUGCUGCUCAGUGAAGCGAAACUAGCCACUUAAAUUGGGAGCUUAGAUUAUAUUUUAUGUGAUUUCUGGAGGGAGAGCAGGUAGGUAGAUCUUGGAUCCCUAGAUAAGACUUUGAAGUGCAAUAUGUGUGAUACAUCAUUUUGUGAUUCCUCCUCAAUUUCUUUGAACCAAAAUCUGUCCAUUUAAACAAAUUGGUUCUCUCUGUAUUGCUGCAGAGUUGAUAGUAAUAACUACAUUUGUGAGAGUUAAGCAAAAGGUACUGUAGACAUUUUACAUAUUGAGUCAUGAUGCAGUGGCUGCAAUUUACUGUUUAUUCUUACAUUGUUCUCAAAUUUUAUUAUCAGAUAAUUAUAGCAGCUAGCCACACAGAUGCAUUGCCAAAUGGCAGAGAUCUUUCUUUCUUUUUGUAUAUUUAAUGCUGCAUGUUAGGAAUGUCUAUUACAUAUUUGUUGAGAAUGACUUAUUUGCUGAUUUUUGCCUAAGGUUUGAUUUUAUAUAUAUUUUGGAAAUUUCCAAAUAAUGUUUUUGUGAUGUUACUUUUCAUUUUUGAAAUUUACUAGAGAAGACGUUAAUUAAGAAGAACUUUUAAAAACUUGUUAUCAUUGUUUUGAGAAAUUCCUUUAUGUGAAUGGAAUGCAAUGCUUGUGGACAUGGAAUUUUUUUCCUCUGUGAAUUUCUUAUGAAAAUGCAUAUUUAUAUAGAAGCUUACAUUGUAAAAGCUGCUACAGUAAAGACACUAUACGUUUGUGGCAGUUUUCUUCAGUGCUCUAAAGUAAAAUUUAACUUUUGAGUUUACAGUUAUUGACAAGAAUGGUUUGUGAAUGGUGCAUUGAAGGUAAGAUGCCUGAGCCAAAGAUGAAACAGAACUAGUGGAACUGGUGUGAAAGAGUUUAAUAGUUUUGAAAUUAGAUUAGCAUUAAAAUGCUUUUAUGUUUUUGGCAAUUUUUUCAUCUUUCUGGUUCUUUCUUCUUUUUCUUCGAUGUUGAAUAUUGUUACGCUAACCAGUCAUUUGUUAGUAUCAGAGAGCUGAGAACAAAAUGAAUUCUGACACAGAAGCGUAUAACAUCACAUUAGUAACUGUAUUUGCUGAUAGUGAAUCUCCAUAAUAAAAAAAAGCAAUGAAAUAUAAAAUACUAGUUAUGUUUUGAAGUUUAUAGAAGUACAUUUUCUUUAGCUUUAAAACUAUUUGUACGCCUAUGACCAGAGGUAUAGCUGAUAUUGGUGUUACCUGGGUGUAUUUAUACAGGGGUGCCCAGAAAGGGGGCAUCUAGUAAGCUGAAAACUGGCUUACGGCCCCAACAUUCUUUCACAUUCAAAGUAUAUAAAAAUUGUGUGUGUGUAUUUUAUUAUAAUAUAUAAUAAAUUCUAAUUAAACCAUUUAAAGAUAAUUAUAAAAAUUUAUAUUUUCAUUUGUUCAAUUAAAAACAAAAAAAUUGAAGAAAAAUAAUAUUUAUUUAACUGUAGUUGAACUAUAACCUUAAAAUAUAUGUGGAUGGAAACUUUUGUUUGAAAUAAAGAGCCCGGAAGAUCUACUGCUCUAAAUCUCUUAUAAUUUUAUAAAAAAUAUAAAAUAUUUUAUUUAAUAUAUAUACUAUAUAAUAUAUUAUAUAAUCAUAUAUUUCAAAUAUAUUAUUUUAUAUAAAAUUCCAUAAUAUAAUAUAUUUUAAUUUUGCAUUAUGUAAGGCUUUUGUUUUUUAUAGUGUCACUUCCUCCCUCUUGUAUCAAAUAAUAAGUAGUAUAACAUUGUCAAUUUACAUAAUUUUAAAUUAAAAUUUUCAAUUUAUGUCACCCCUAGUAUGCUGUUGCCUAGGGGGACUGUCCUCACUGCCUCUCCUUAACUAUGGCAGUGUGUGCAGUCGUUGCCCAAUUAUUAAAAUAUAAGAAUGUUUGCUGACCCAGGUAGCACAAGUGACUGCUAUGAAAACUGCAGGAUUUUCAGAUUAAUCUAUAUGAAGCACGGAUGUUUUCCCUUUUGGAUGGCGGCAUGUGAGGUUUAGAUAAAUAACAUUCUUUUCCAUUCACAGCUGAUCCAAAUACUAGUUCAUUGCUAUUCAGGUGGGAACGUGGUCAGAGAUACAGCAUUAGAAGCAAAAUAAGUUUUUUCUACCAAAGUUGGUGUUGACUGUUACUGGUUGAACUAAAUCUGAAACUGGUUGCAUAUUUUUGAGUAUCAUUGUGGUUCUUUGGCUCUGGCUCUUAACAAGCUUCUGUUAAGAAAUAAGUUGUGAAUUAGAAAUUUAUCAAAAGAACAUUUAUUGCAUCCAUUUUGUAUCAUUGUGGAAACAAAGGAUCUUCUUAAUAGCACAGUUUUGUUGAUAUUUUAUGACAGUUGCUUUUUAAGCCUUUCUAAGUAAUUUUUUUGGUAAAUUAUAUGAAUUAUUUUUUUAAUAUUUAGGAUUCGUUGAGAAUACUGAAUGUAAUAAUUAAUAUUUGCUGUUAAGAAGCAAAAUAAUGUUACAUUUACCUGAACAUGUGAAAGUUUAUCAGUGUGUUUUUGUAGCAGUUGUUUUCACGAGUCUACUUCAGCGUAUCCCAACAUUCUGUAGCUAAUGAACAUGCAUGAUGGCACGCAUAUGCAUGAGUGAAGAGGUUGAAAAAUGGUCUCCCGUACUGGGAUGAAACAAUUUCAUAGGCACAAGAAAUAAAAUUUUUCAAGAAUGUUGGGUAUAUUUUGAAUUUAUUGAUUGUUUAGAAAAAUUGGUUCAUUCACAUGGUGAUUAAUUUGGUCAAAAAUACUUUUGGGUUGUUGCUAAAUUACAAAUGUCAAUAUUGUAUACAGUACCUUGAGAGUUUCUUGGUUAUGGCAUGAAUGUGAUAUGGAAUCUGAUUGUAAGUCUUAUGAAGUGAUGCUUCAAGCAAUAUUGCUGUGCUUUCAAGAUUACUUUCAUUUUUCAAAAAUACUGCAUAUUUCAUUUGGAAAAUAGACAUUUGGGUAUUUUAAGUGUUUAAUGUGCACUGAAAUAGAAAUUACCUUUAACCUUAUAUUGUAUGUUCCUUGAGUAUGUGAAAGAUGCAGAGGAACUGGACUGCCCAAACUGACAAUAAAAGAGGGCUGUUUCCUGGAAUCAGUUUUGCCGCUGCGUAAUAUUUUGUUUGUUACCUAACUUCCUUCCUUAUGAAGUGCUCAUAUUAAAUAAUUAGAAUAUUGUAAACAUAUUUUGUUAUUAAUCAUUCCUGAAUUUGGUUUUAGAUGGAAUAGUUUUCUUAGCAACAUUUUUUCUUUUCUUUUUUACUCCCAAUCUUUCUUUUUUCCUUCUUCAGUAUCUGCUUCUACUUCUACUUCUCCUUCUCCUUCUCCUUCUUCUUCUGUGUCUGCAUCUUCUUUUCCAAAAGGUUUUCAAUACAACUUAAAAUAAUAAAUUGAUUUUGUUGGGAAUUCACCUACUUGAGAACUUUUGAAACCAUUAAUGUGAAUGUCUAUGGAAAAAGGAAUGUUUGAAAUUAUAAAGUUGAAAAAUUCAGGGAGUGAACAAAAAUAUAUACUCAUUUGAUUUUAAAACAAUAUUAGUACAUUUUAUUCAUUUAAUUGUGUUACUUAGGGAGUGAAGUGAAAAAGUUUGGUAAAAAAAGAAUGUAUUGUUAAUUUUGUAUUUAGUGUAUUUAAAAAAACACUUCAGAGAUUCAUAUUUUCUCAGGAAGAGGGAGCUAGUUUCGUUUUGAUGCUAAAUGAUGUACAAUUAUACACCUCAGAUGUAAGGCUUGUAAAACUGUUGUAUGUUGGUGUAUCUAGAUUUCAGGUCAAUUCAUUUCAUUUCUUAAAAUCUGCGGUUCUUCUCUUGUGUAAAAUGAAAGAGAAAACAAUAGGAAUUAGGAGUCUUGCUAAAUUGUGUAUUGAUAAAUUUGGGUGUUAAUUGACCAUUUGUAAUUUUUACCCAGGGUGAGUGUUUUAUUGUUGUUAUCCAUCCCCAUCAACCUUAUAGUUGCUGAAUAUUGCUCUACUGAUGGAUAUAAAUAAGAGGCAGAAUUCACCAAUACUUAAAUGCUUGACAAUCAUGCUUUGAACCUUAAGCUAAGAUUCAUGUGACUUGCUAAUGAGGUGCUUGAAUAUAGUUUUACUUUCAAACUUCGUCUGUCGUUUCACCAGCACUCUGCAAACUUAUUUAAAAGCAAUAAUUUUUUUAUUAAAAAAAGGUUAUCUGAUUAGUAUGCAAAGGCUCCCUGAUUAAAAGCAAUGAUUGAACAAGAAAUGUUCUGUUGUAAAAGCAAUAAGUAGAGUAUAUUUCUGUUGAAUACUUGGUUGUUUCAUCUUCAUUGUCUCACUUGUAUUUUCUGUGUGAUGUGAUGCCCGCUGUCUAACUUUCAAAUGAAAACUACAGCUGAAUAAUCUUUGCUCUUUCAAGGCAAAUAUUAUUCAAACAGUAUUUAAUAGAAGUCAUUAGAUUCAGGAUGUUUGUUAUUUGCUGCAUGUUACUGAGUUUAAAUCCAGAAAAUAUAUUUUUCCUUCAAGAUAUGCAGCCCAUUUUCUUUCGUUUCACUUUACAUUUUUGCAUGAAACAUCUCCAAGUUUGUAUCUUAUUAUGCCAAGAGAAAGUAUAUUUUAUUGUUUUUUACACUUAUGACAUAAUAUGAAUUUUAUUUAAAUAUGGUUGUUAUUUUACUUAAGAUUUAAUGAAAAUCUGUGAUAUUGUUUGUGGUGACAUGUGCAAACCACCACAUCAUGAACUUCAGUAGUUCACUGUAAUACAUCACUUGAGUCUGCAGAGAUUAUUUACAAAAGGAAUAUUUAAUAUUUAAUUGUUUAUGUUAUCUGUAGAUCAUUUCAUUCAGUUUUAAUCAUUGUGCUAAUAGCAUAUGUAAUAUUGGUAUAUACUAGUAAUAUAACUCAAUUAGAGUUUUGCUUCAUGUGUUAUUCCAUACUUUCAAAACUCUCCAGAGUUCUAAAUUUUGUUAUGUAAAUUUUAGGUUUUCUUAUUUGGUUUUUAACAUGUUGCUUUCCUAUCAAGGUUUCUAUUGUCUUCCUUCAGGUUUGUGUUCAAAGUCCUUGCAACUUCCAAAUCCUGCCUUGAUUCAGGGGAGAAAUUUUAUUUAUAUACUGAUAAGUAGUUUGUAGAUAGAAAGUAGCAAACUUAUAUGCAAUAUCGUUUUUAUUGUUUGUAUCUUCAAUUUUAUGCCUACAUAUCAUUUGUGUAAUUUUUCUUGAUUUCUUUUUCUGCAUCCAUUUGAUGGAAACGAAGAUGAAUGCUUAAGGUUUAUGUUGACUAUAAGAAAAAGUUACUUAACAAUGAAAUUUAUUUAAAGGUUUUGAAUAUAUAGAGGUUUAGGUUAUGUGCAGUUGGAUCUCAAUAAUAGGCUGAUUAAAAUAAGCAGUCUUGUUUAUAAGAAGAAGUCGAUGUUCUAUGAAAUCAUAAAUAUAAAAAACUCUAUGAGAACAGGUCAGUCAGAGUAUAAUGGUCACUUUGUGUUGCAUGAUUUUAUGGGUUUAUAUUACUCUUGAGCUGUUGCUAAGAGGGUGCUAAUAAUGUGACUUUUACUGACGUGUAUCUGAAGUAUGGUUUGCCAGUAAAUAUGCAGGUAUCUAUUACGUUUUCUUUAAGAGUGUAUUGUCAGUAUGCGUUUAUAUUUGACUCGUAUGUAAUAUCAUAAAUUCUUUAUUGGUCAUAACUGAGGUUGAUGAACGUUUUCUACUAGAUGUUUUCUGUAUACUGUUAAUGUUGUGAGCUUGUGUGUGUAUUGAACUGGAAAUUACCUGCAACUUUCAUUUUAUUGUACAGCAUAAUGUAAAUAUAUAUCUUCAUACCAUAAUUUGUAUAAAUGUAAAUAUUUGUGGAAAUAUCACAUGUUUUAACUGAUGUAAAAGUUUUGUUAAUAUUCUAAAAAUUGUUUUUAAAAAUUAUGAGUAUUUUGAUGUUGUUGUAAAGUUUGGAAUAUUAUUGGUGUCUUUAAAUUGCCUUAGGUUGUUAACAGAUACUUCAAAAUCAAUUAAAAUAUUUAGCAUAUCAACUAUAAAAAUGAAUGAAUGUCAAUCUUUGAAAUCAUGCUAUAUGUAUGAUGGUUUCACAAGAAAUAUUUUAUGCAAUUAAAGCAGCUAACAAAUAUGAUAUACAAAAUAUAUAAUGGCCUAAAUGUUUAGAACGAAGUGCCAAAUUAUAUCUCAUUAAGAAGAAUUGAAGAGUGUGGAGAAACCUUAGCUUGAAACAAAAAAGAAAAAACAAAUAAUGUGGUUCUAGAUUUCUUUUACUGUUUUGGGAAACCCAUUCUAGCCUUUCAUUUAUUGUUGAACCGCUAUUUUCCUGGGAAGUGAAGUAUUUAUGAACAGAAGGAUAUGUACUAUAAUACGUGAUAUUUUGAUUGAAUGAUUGCUGAUUUUCAGUUUCAAAAAAGGUUGUAAGAUUUUUGUGCUAUAGGGAGAGAAAAUAUGUAAUAAAAGUAGGGUAAUUUUAUUUUGUUGACUGAUUUUAGCUGAAUAUCUCCUGCUCUCACUUUUGAGAAAAUAAAAAUAAAGUAUUCUAUAGCAUAAGAACUGUGAGUGAAACUGAAAUUACAUGUUCACUAACUGCUUGUAUCCAAAUCUUUCUCAAUGUCUGAUACGAAAUGAAAAUGAAAAUUAAUCUCCAAAAAUAAUGGUCCAAUAUUAUGAAAGUGAAGUGUUAUAUUUUUAAUUGCUCUUCAAAUUAAUAUUCAUAACAUAAUUUUGCCAUUGAAUGCUUUCCCUUAAGAUAUGAUCAUGGAUCCAUAUUUUUACCCAUAUAACUAUGAAAUCCUGUCAAUCAGAUGUCAAUGUGCUAAAUUAUAUUGAAUAUAUUAAGUGAAUGUUAAAGUAAUAAUCUUAACUGACAUGUAACAUAUUUGCCUUGAGAAUAUCCGUAUUUUCAGGUAUAAUUUGAGAGUUUUGGUGCAAUCCCAGAUGAGAUAAUCAUGCGAAAAAAGAUAACUUACAUUUGCUAUGAUAUUUGGAUCUUGUAAGAGCUUUCUCCACAGUACCUUCAGUUCUUCCCUAACUAUUCUGCUUGUUUGCAAUGUUUUGAAUAUAAUUGAUCUGAUUUGUAAUGGUACAUUGAAGUUGCUGACUUUUCUUGAUAUUUCACAAAUAUAUUCUCUUAUGUGUAUGAUUUAUGGUCAUACUAGAGAAUGAAUUAUGCAGGGCAGAAGAAAGUUGUGAAAAGGUCUUUGUGAAUUGAACUAGUCCUAUAAACUGGUUGCCCAAUAAUUUUGUUACACUAUUCAAAUAUGCAACUCUCUCUCCUUCCUAACAACUUGUUCAAAAUAUAUUGUUGUGUUAUCAGCUGUGUACCAAAGUUUCUGCAACUAUAAAGUUUGA